UUCACCCAGCACCUGUCGGACCACCACACGGAGGAGCAGUGUGAUACCUGUGGGGCCAAGGUGCAGGGUACUGUUGGUCUUUUGAACCACAUCCAAGUGGUUCACUAUGCCUUCAGGGUACCAUCAAAGCCGUCUCUGCCCCCUUCUUCAUCCUGCUCUGCCGUGCCACACCACACGGCAGCUCCACCACCUGCAGCACACUUCAGGGUACCAUCAAAGCCGUCUCUGCCCCCUUCUUCAUCCUGCUCUGCCGCGCCACACCACACGGCAGCUCCACCACCUGCAGCACAGAGGGUCAAUUGGAAAGGUUUCCUGCCUGACCAGUUCAGAAGGGUGAUCCAGGAAGCCGAUCAGGUCUGGGUUUCCAAAUGCUUGUAUGAGCCUACAGGCCAACUAAAGCAAAAGAUCCAGGCCUGCUGGUUUCACCCUCCACUGGAGCCCAAACCAUCCCCUCCUGAGCCUGGCUGAUACUUCCGGCAGAGGCUGUUUAUCUGGGCACCGAUGAGGAUGUGGGGGAUCCCCUCAAAGUGCCCCCAGUGUUCCUCAAAGAUGAACAGCUCCGGGAUUUACCGGAAGGUAAGGGAGGUGAUCGACGUGGAUAGCCGCUAUUAUCUUGUGGGAGCGGACUAUCCACGUUGCUGCAGGUGCUCGCAGCCGGUCUGCCCAUGGAGCCGCGACAUGCUCUCGCAGCUGGAUGUGGCACACAGGAGCCUGUUUCCCGCUGUCCUCACAACACAGCUGGCUCUGGAUAGGAAAGUGAUGACCUUCCUGAAGCCGAGGACCAGCGGGAACAGUUCCUCCUACCUCCAGUCUGCCAUAGAGGAAGGUCACAGCGAGGAGUGGGCACGGCAGACCAUCCGCUACCUGGCUGACUGCGAGCUGCACAAAAAGAUGGCUACAUUUGUCCCCUCUGCAGCCAUAUACCCUCCUCCACCACCCUUCAGGCCCCUUCCACUCGCCCAGUGGUUUGAGACAGUCCACUCCAACGACAUCCUCAGCCACGUGGAGGAGAUGAAGGGUGUGAUCACUUCAACGUAUGGGAGAAUCCUGAAAAUGGACUCCACAAAGAAGGUCACCAAGAAGCUGGCUGGUGCAAUCGGGGACAGUGCCGCCUGGAUGUCGAACAUCGGCAACGAGUUUGGCCAGGUGUUGAACUCUGUGCUGACGACGGGUGAAGGUGCAGGGUUAGAGGAGUUGUGCCAGGGCGUCGUCACCCGGUAUAGGAAUGCGGGCCAACCUGAACCUGAGGCCAUCUAUGUUGAUCGGGACUGCUGCAGCCAGUCAAGUGUGUCUGCAGUGGCGAAACUCUUUCACCCAUGGAGGUCUGCAGUGCGCCUGGAUAGCUUCCAUUUUAUGAGGCGCUUUAACUGCGGCCUCACAACAGAACACCACCCUCUCUAUGGCACCUUUUGUGCCAAGCUUUCCGCCUGCAUUUUUCUCUGGGACCAGGAGGAUGUGCAACGCCUGAAGGAGGCCAAGAGAGCGGAGUGGAAGAGCAGCCACAGCGGACAUACUCCCACUGACGACCAGCUCAUGGCCACCAUCAGCCCAGCUGAAAUGAAGAGGCACUGCAGGAGGAGGACGCGUGGAGUGGAGGAGAUGCGGAGCAGUAUUUCAGGGCUCCUGGAAUCUGUGUGGGAGCUCACAGACACCACAGGGCUGCGUCUGGUGAGCCAUGACAGCAUGCGCCACGUAUGGGAAGUACAGCAGAAGCACCUGGAGUGCCUCCAAGACCCUGCAGGUGUUGCACUGUACACGAAGGUGGGGACACUCCAGAAGGGCGGCAAGGAGCUGGACAUCCUUAGGUGUGGUAGGGGGUCCUCCUCCCUGGAGAGUUUCCACCGGCACCAGUGUGCUUUCAUUCCAGGCUGGCGGUGCAAUGCGGUGCACAUGCAAAUGUACAUGCUGGAGGGUAUAUCAAGAUGGAACAUGGGCCGGGCCAAGGAGGCAGUAGAUGUGGAGGGGGCCUCCACCCUAAGAAGCUUCGAUGUUCGGUUGAUGUCCCACCUUAACAAUCUAAGCCAGCGUGUGCAUGGUUGUGCUCUGGUGCCAGAGUUCACCCUUCCUGGGAAACCUACUGUUAAGAGAGAUCUCAGAGCAACACUGGUUGCCCGGAGUAUUACAUCCCCUCCUCUUUUUCUUAGGCACCCCCCUACCCAGAGGACAUGCAUUUCUUGAGUGCAAAGAUUGUGCUAUUCAUGUAGGAGAUGGAUGUAUGUACAGUAUGUAUGUCCUUUCUUUAUCUUUGUGUUUAUGCUGGUUACAGGCGAACGCAUAGCCGUGGAAUAUUUAUUGGAGCAGACCAAUAGAGGCGACCUGCUGGCUCCAUCACAGGCCUCCAUCUCAGAAAUCCCCUUGCCGGUGCUGGAGGAGGAGGAGGAGGAGGAGGAGGAUGAUGCCAUCAGCAUGCCUGCCAUCAGCAUGCCUGCCAUCAGCAUGCCUGCCUCUGUCACAGAGGUCAAUAACAUACAAUAAGAUAAAUGAAUGUAAAAUUAGCAUUGCUCACAUAUUAGAAACAAGAGUGUACAUUUAUUUGCUUGUUUUUUCUUUUUCUCUCUUAUCACUUUUCAGACCAGCCAAUGUGAUUCGAGGGGCGUUCCGGGGUGGGACGCAGUAGAUGCCCUUGCUGCCUACCUACUCGCAUUAAACCGCACCAUCACGGCCUUGUCAGCCAAGGAGGAGGCGGACAUAGUUCGCCUGUACGCGGCUUUACAUGCGAUGGAUCGGAAACCUUCAAGGUACACCCAGAAGGCAAAGAAGAAAUCGCAUGCGUCAGGAGGAAUGUGGAGAGCACCGAGGAAGCCGAGUGGCUCUGCUCCUGGACAGCAGGCGGCAGAGAGGCUGUACAUGACUCAUGGCCAAGCAGCCCAGGACCCCGAAGUUCACAGGGUCUGUGAGUGUGUCUGCCUCAGACUCUUAAAAGAGUUUGAGCAGUCACGCAACAGGCCAAAGGACACAAAGGGGAAAACAAUGCCCAUCCCUCAGUCCAUCGUAAGCGUGUACAGCCACAUCAAACAGCUGCUGGAGGACAGCAGGGUUGUCUGUGAUGACACAGACCUGGUUCUGGUGCCAGUAAACAACACCACAGUCUCUUCAUGGCUGCUUAGGAGGGAUAAAAGGAAGGACAGGGACAUGCUGCUGCAAGGCACUGUACUGCCCAAACAGGUGCCCCUGGCAGAGGAGCCUCUCCCUGCUCUGAACACCCUUCCGGCUGCCCCUGUGCAACAUGCACAUGGGGCAAUGACAUUUGAGGAGCCUGAAAAUCACGAGGGGGAAGCUUUCCCCCGCCAGCGCACUCUAGCGGCGAACAAGCCUCCGCCAUCUCCACCUCCCCAGUUCCCUCCACAAUUUGGGCCAGCUCCUCCAUUUCCUCAUCUUCCCCCAUAUCCGCACUUUCCAUUUCCAUAUCCUCAUGCACCUCCACUUCCUCAUGCUCCUCCAUUUUACAUUUCUACUCCAUAUCCUCAUGCUCCUCCAUAUGCUCCUCCAUAUGCUCCUCCAUAUCCUCAUGCUCCUCCAUUUCAUGCUCCUCCACUUCCUCAAGCUCCUCCGUUUCCUAAUUCCCUAUCUCCUGAUGCUCCUCCAUCCCAGCCAAGGCAACGCGCCUGGAGGCUCAAUAAAGCUGCCCAGGAGGAUGAGGAGCUUAUGUCAAGGGGGGAUCCGCCACGGAAGAGGCUGAGAAAAGAAAACUACCACUAUACUUGCAAGGGGUGCGGCCAGGACAAAAAUAAAGUCACUGGACACACCCAGCUGAAGGGGCGGUGGUAUUGUCCUGCCUCAGGAAUGACCCUGGUAGAGUGGAGGAAUAGUGUGUAGUUGCUGUCUUUCUGUGUCUGUCUCUCUGUUGUUUGUCUCUGUCUCUCUGUCUGUCUCUCUGUUGUUCGUCUGUCGUUAAAAUAAAGUUUAAUAAUUGUAUUUGAGCCAAGAACAGCCUUCACGUCUUUAUUUAAUUUCCUCUUGAAUACCAGGACAGUGAGUGUCAUCCAUAAUUGAAUGUGAUUGUUAAAACUAAAGCCAGUCAGAAUCAGAAUAAGCUUUAUUGCCAGGAAGGUUUGCAUCAACCAGGAAUUCUUUGUGGGUAAGUUGGUGCAGAACAUGUAAUUGCACAACAAACAGUCAACAUAAGAUAAAUAAGACAUAUAGUAUAACCAUAUAUAAAAAGAAAGAAUGUACAGAAAGUGUAUGUGCAAUGUGUAAAGAUAAUUGUGUGUUACUGUAACACAAGGGCUUUU